GCGACGGGCCGGGAUGCGGGGAGCCUCGGCCGGCGGCUCCCCGGAGAGGGAGAUGGGGGCGGGAGAGCGGCUGCGGGGCCCGGGCCGGGGCAAGCGGGUCCGGUUCCUCACGCCUCACACCACCAUCGAGGUGCCGUCGUGCCGCGACGAGGAGCAGCUCUUCUACCGGCGCCUGGACGCGCUCGGGGCGCUGGGACCCGACGGCUUCGCGCCGCUCUUCGCCGCCGAGGGCUGGAGCGAGGUGACGGCGGACCGGCUGCUGCGGAAGCGCGUGGUGCGGGACGGGACGGGCGGCGCCCCGGAACCGGGCCAGGAGGUGUCGGUGAAGGUGCUGGGAGCGCUGCAGGACGGCGCCGUGGUGGAGCGGGACCCGCGGCUCAGCUUCGUGCCGGGACAGGGCGACGUCGUGCAGGCGCUGGAGCUCGGCGUCCCCACCAUGCGGACGGGGGAGGUCUGCUUCUUCCUCGCCGCCUCCCCCUACGGCUACGGCCCCGCGGGCAGGGAGCCCGACGUGCCGCCCGAGGCGCCGCUGCUGUUCGAGGUGACGCUGCUGGACGCGCGCGACGGCCCCGACCCGCAGCGGCUGCCGCCCGCCGCCCGGAUCCGGCUGGGGGCGCAGAAACGGGAGCGCGGGAACGUCCACUUCGCGCGGGGCGACUUCGCGGCGGCGCUGCGCUCGUACCGGCUGGCGCUGAGCGCCCUCGAAGGAGCCGGCGACGAGCGGCCGGACGGGACCGGAACCGGAACCGGAACCGAGCGCGGCGGCGCCGACCGCCCCGGGCCGCACGAGGAGGAGCUGCGGGAGCAGCGCGUCAAGUGCCUCAACAACUGCGCGGCGGCGGCGCGGCGGCUCCGGAGGAGCGGGGAGGCGCUGGCGGCGGUGGAGGCGGCGCUGCUGCUCAGCCCCGAUAACGGCACCGCGCUGCUGCGCCGGGGACAGCUGCUGGCGGAGGAAGGACGCGACGAGGAGGCGGCGGGUGCGCUCAGGAGGGCGCUGGAGCUGGACCCGGCCAGCAAGCCGGUGCACGCGGAGCUGUCCCGCCUGGCCAAGCGCCGCUCCCGCCCCGCCGAGGAGCCCCGGGACCGGCCGCCGCCGCCGAACCCCGGGUGCGUGUGAUCCCGCCCCGCCCGGCCGCACUCGUCGCUCCCGGUCGCUCUGCCCGCACGGUUGACCCGGUUCCGUCCCGCUCCCCCCCCCUUCCCGCUUCCCCCCCUCCCCGCGUUUCCUCGCGCCUGCGCCGUAGCUCCCGGCAUCGCCCCCGCGGGCGGAACGGCGGCCGUAGCCCGCG